AGUUGCAGAGCAGUGUGCACUGUGCAGAGCUGAAAUUUCGAUAAAUUGCAUUCACAAUUUCUUGUUUGUUUCUGCUCGUUCCAGAGUGGUACUAUCACUGUUUUGUUGGUGUAAAAAUCAGCCUAAAGAGUUAUGGACGCCAUAUCCGAUUCGGCGACUGUGUUGCCGUCUGCGGAGGACGCUGAUGAUCACACUGAUCAGGGAAUCGGAGAAGAAGCGCGCACCUGCGUUUCGCCAAGCGACGCUGCCGUCGACCGAGCAGCUCACAGCGAUUACGGUUCCUCAUCAGCCAAGUCAUCGCCGGACACCAGCCAGGGGAAGAAAAAUCUCCAACAGACUGUUAUCGAAGAGGAGAAAGUAUUGGAACAAAACUGGGGAUGUGCGAAGCACGUAAAGAAUGUCUCGGCAGACAUGGAGAAAUUCUGUGACGCCUUGAAGAGACCCGACUACAAGGCGAAGAAGCUGAACAUGAGCAUCCGCGACAAAAUCGUCGUGCGGGCUUCCAAAAUUGCGGACCACGUGCUCGUCAUGGGCACUGUCAGUUUCAUGCUGGAUCCGCUGCCGUGUCCGUACGCCGAGCAGACGGAGGCUUGCAAAGACUUCCGCGCGACGGCCCCGUACAUCCUGAAGGCGCAUCUGCAGGCCAAACACGAUCUGCGCAACGUCAUCUUGAAUUUUGUGUGUCCGUGUCCGGCCAAGUUCAACGGCCAGCAGAGCUGCCCGGUGGUGCGCUUCGAUCCUGGCCAAGUACAUAUGCGGGAGCAUCUGGGGAAGUACCACCGGAAGUACUACGCCGCGGUGACGGAUGCUCUGGUGGCGGCUGACAGUGAGGAAGACGAUCCGCAGCUCGUGCAGAAACACGAGACGUUCAUGCGGCGCACCCGCCGCCUGUUCUUCCCGGGCUGGACGCGCCGCAAGGAGGAGCUCUUCCCCAGCCAGAUCAUCCCGGACAAGGUCGUCAUUCCCACGAAAAUCAGCGAGGAGGGCGAAAUCAUGUACAUCUGCAACAUUGACCCCUGCAGCCGACGCAAGUUCCGCCCUCCACACGCCGCUUCCGGCGUGCAUACCCACGUGUGGACGGAGCAUCGAUCCCGACUGGACAUGCGCACCAGUUUGUACCAUAAAUGCCCUGCGCCGAAAUGCCGGGAAAUUGUGCUGGGCUGUGAGCACCAGAUGGAAUCCCACGUCAAGGCCGUGCACCCCGAGUUGCUGGGACCCAGGAGAGAUUAUUCGGAGGCCGCGAAGAAGAAGCGGAAGGAUCUGGAGGACAGCAUCCCGACCGCCUGCAUUGGAGCGGCCCUCGCCAACGAUCAGCAGGAUGACGAUGACAGUCAACUGUUUCUGCAUUGUUACACGUGUCCUGUCGCGAACUGCGAGGAGAUGUUCAUGGGUCAGGCGGAGUCGGCGCGGAAAUACAUGGUUUGGCACGUGGGCGCUGACCACGAGGACGAGUGGAAUGUCCAAGAGGCCACAGUCAACUGAAGCCGGCGCCGCGGCUGUUGGAAUGCGCAGUGAUAUUGCAUAGGGCGCACUGUGCUUUCGCAGUGGCGCUGUUUUUGCUCGUCUGUGCUUCCGGAUAAGCAACGUCAUCUCCUAGCGAAUCUGUCUCCCGGCCUAGAAACUGAUGUGCCGCAUAGAAUUCUGUUCCUAUAGUUUGUGAAUGGUAGUUUUCUGUUCUUCAUUUACGAGUUACGACAGACUGUCCGCCCGUUCCCUGUUCGCAACUCUUUAAGUUUUCCAGUUUCAGUUUCUCGCUGUUUCAUUAAUUCGCGGACGGCUCGUGUAAGUAUUUCCGGCAGUUUUUGAGCUUAUUUUCUGAUGAUUAUUUUUUUUUGUAUGAACCUUUGUAUAAAGGCAACAAUUUUUUUGCUCUACAGUAGCAUUACUGCACUUUACCCAAGAAAUAAUAAUUAUUCGAAAAACAA